AUUGCUCCAAGGAUAAUGGCUGCAACAAAAUCUAAAGAAGCAUGGGAGAUUUUGAAGAAUGAGUUUCAAGGAUCGGAGAAUCAGUUAUUGGAGCAAUCUUUUCAAACAAAGAUGAAUAUGUCAAAGAAUAAGGAUGGAGGAAACAAGAAACAAAAUCAAGGCAAUCAAUUUCAAAGGGGCCAAUCUAAUCGUGGCCACGGUAGAGGAGGAAAAAGGCAUACUCAACGGACUGCAAGAGGUAUAUCACAAUCUGAAUCUCGCUGCAAAUUUUGCAAGAAUACUAAUCAUGGAAGCAUGGACUGCCAUUUCCAAAAUUGCACAAGAUGCAAGAAUCCUAACCAUCUUGAAAAAGAUUGUUGGUUUCGUAUAAACGAUGAAGCUAACUUUUCAGAAAAGCGUGAAUCUUCAAACCAACAGUUCUAUCCUUACAUGAACACUCAACAAAAAGCACAAGACACGAGGUAUAUUGACAGCAGAUGCAGCAACCAUAUGACGGGAAACAAUGGCAGCUUUGUUAGCUUGGAUGAAGGAGUGAAAUCCAAAGUGAAGUUUGGAGAUGUGAAGGUUCAGAACAUUGAAGGAAAGGGCACCAUUGCUGUGCAAACAAAGGGAGCCAUGGAAGCUUCAACUUCUUCCGAGGUUGACUUUCAGAUUCCAGCCAAUUCCCGCAUACCACUUUCUGUUCCAUCUGGGGAUGAAGUCGAAUCAGCCAUCUCAAGGUUUACAAGUUCUUUGCAAUCCGACACUGGAUCAGAAGUCGGUUCACUUCCAUUGAUUUCAAGCAUUGAUGGUCUAGGAAAGCUGUAAUCUGUUGAAGGAAUGACUAUUCAAAACGCUUUUGAAUUGAUGGACAGAGCCA